AGUUGCUUUACGAAGACGCGUGCAUCGAGGUGUGUGUUUGGUUCUCGAUUCGGAGUGCGGAAAGAUCGCGAUCAAAAACGUCUCUCGAUUGUGUGGAUCAGCGAGUUCCGUUAAGUUCCGGAUCCCGCGGGUAGAGCUACUCCAAGAAGAAAAACAGAAAAAAACGGCGAAAGCUUUGUGAAACAAGUGCAACUGAGAAGGUUGAAGUUCGAAAGAUUUACUUUCCGUGGUUGCAGCAGAUUUGUUGUUCGAGGCUUCAUUGUUUGUGGUUUUGUGGCGGUAGCUCUCGCGGUGGAUCAACGAUAGUGAGAUAACCCUGUCAACAAAGUUUGUACUGGAGGUGUUUGGCAGAUAGGAAAGUGAGCAUUGUAUGCAAGGGGAAAGGUGUGGGAAAAUGAAGCUUAUCACCAAUGUGUAACAUCGGAAGCAGGGAGAUAUAAGUUGGUCAAAUAGCACCUCUCGCGGUACGCAUCAAAUCAGUGUCUGCGAUUCAGCCUACUUGGAGGAAAAAAUAGUGAAUCAACGUGAUACAGUGUUAUAAAUCAUCGAACCGGGAACGUUGGCCCGGCAAAGGCGGAUAACAAGCAGGUACUUGGUUGCCAGCCAAUUUGCGAUUUUAACGUUUACCUGUAGAGAGCCCAUCGGAUCGAUCUUCUCCCAUUGAGGUUGCUUCAUUCGGGAAUGGAAGUAGUGGCUGACUCCCGAGUCGCAUUCCCGUAUCUAGUGAAGGCGAACGAAGCACUGCUGGGUACCUCGGAGUACGAACGUGAUUUCAACUAUUUCGGCAGUCAACUGCGGGUAGACGACAAGCUGGAUCGAGUUUCACCCGUGAGCCCAGAAGUUGCGAUCGCGUAGACGCAUCCAAUGAGAAACUGUGUCGUAACAGUACCCCAAACGUAAUCUGCCUGCCAAAAAACAAACCAAUCAGUCGAAUUGAGUCAAAAUCACCUACGCCAAACUCCACCGGAUCUGAUCAAAUAAACCGAGCCCGGCCCCAGAUUAAGCGGAAGUAAACAGUGCUCCAUAGGUACGAGCAAAACAUCAACGCUAAACCCAAGAAAUUCAUCGUAAUCGGCAAAAUGAAUCCAAAGCUGACACCGUUAGAUGAUCAGGAGCAGGUGCCGCAAUUGGCGAUUGUUCCAGCGGACAUUCUCUACAGUAUAGAUCUCGGCCGCGUGCCAAACGACAGCACGGUCACUACUAGCAGUAAUAUCAAUAAUAAUAAUAAUAAUAAUAACAUCAUCGGUGCUACUAGCUUUAAGCCUGACGAUCUGAGGAUCGACAUUCGAGGAACCCAGGAUUUCUACCGUGCCGAUGACGAUGGUUUCAGACCGUUUACGAUCUACGGACACCAUGGGGAGUUAGGUGAUGGGAACGACAAACUGUCCGUUCUACCAGCUUCAACAACCGGCUCAUUAAGCUCAAUCAUAACGACGUCCGUGGCAUCCUCCGAACCGGAUCGUGGUGAUCAUCGUGACGGUGGCGUUGGCGGCGGUGGUGAUGACGACGAUAACAAUAUUGUAACGACGACGACGGGUGGCGGCAAGUGCAUGGGCGGCGGUCCCGGCGGCGAAAUCAAACAGGAACAAUGGUGGGAAACGACGCUGCAAAUUUCGAUUCCGUUCUUCAUUGCCGGUAUCGGUACGAUCGGUGCCGGCAUUAUCCUGGGCCGGGUAGAGCACUGGAAAGUCUUUGCCCACGUGACGGAACUGUUCAUCCUGGUACCGGCCCUGCUCGGACUGAAGGGCAACCUGGACAUGUGUCUGGCCUCGCGGCUCUCCACCCAGGCAAAUCUUGGAAAUUUAUCCGGCGCGCGCGAAAUAAUCCACAUGGUCGUUGGAAACAUCGCUCUGGUUCAGGUGCAGGCCACCGUCGCGGCGUUUAUAGUGUCCAUCUUUGCCAUCAGUGUCGGUGCGGCUAUGAACGGAAGCUUCCUGUUUGACCACGCAAUGCUGCUGACCGCGUCCAGUAUGUUUACCGCGACGUCGUCGUGCUUUGUACUAGACUUUGUACUAGUGGCUGUGAUUUUACUGUCUAAUAAGUUGAAAAUGAAUCCGGAUAAUCUGGCAACUCCACUGGCAGCAUCGAUCGGUGAUGUGGUAUCCAUUAGUUUGUUAUCCUUCAUAGCAUCCUUGCUAUUUGAUAAUAUAGACACACACCUCUGGAUAACAUUCGUCGUGGUUACCUGCUAUUUUAUUCUGUUACCAUUUUGGGUAUUUUUAGUGAGUAGAAAUAAGUACACUCGACCCGUAUUGACAACUGGUUGGGUUCCUGUACUAUCUGCGCUCUUCAUUAGUGGAAUGGGUGGCCUAGUGCUGGAUGCUGCCGUUGGCGUCUUCAAGGGUUUCGUUGUAUUCCAACCGAUCAUCAACGGUAUCGGCGGCAAUUUGGUGUCCGUUCAGGCGAGCAAAAUCUCCACAAUGCUUCAUCAGAGCUCCAUCAUCGGCAUCAUUCCGCCGCAUACCAAAAUCUUUGAGCUUCCCUGGAAGGCACUAUUUAAGGGGGGUCAGUAUGAUGAUUCUGAACAUUUUGAAAUAGGUAUUAAUCUCUUCUUUACUUUUACCAUUGCAGUACCAUACGCCAAAACCGCUCGAAUUUUGAUCCUCAUGGCGAUUCCUGGACAGGUGCUGUUUAUCUACGUUGCUGACUACAUACACAUGUCUGAAUCUACUAUUGGUGCUCCGUUUGUGUUUUCGUAUUUGAUCGUCAGCUUGAUUCAGAUUAUGUUGCUUCUGUAUAUUGCUCACGUCAUUAUCCAUGCAAUGUGGAAGUGGAAGAUCGAUCCGGAUAACUCCGCCAUCCCAUAUCUAACGGCCCUCGGUGAUUUGCUGGGAUCUAGCUUCCUAGCGAUGGCAUUCCUGUUCCUCCAAUCAAUAAAUCAUCCGUACGGCGAGCAUCAGGACGAGAUCGACCCAGCAGUUACGCCAACAAUUUCGUUCAAUAUAGUGGAUGGGGAAGCGAGCAAUAAUUUCGCACCGCAGUUGGCAUGAGGUUUUAGUUUCAUUUCUCUGCACCGUCUAUCCGUAUUUCUUUCUUGGUAAUUCCUGUCAUCUACCGAUUGCACGCACACUCAAAUGUAUGUGUUUACUCACCCUCUAGCGUACAGACCGACGCGACACCUGUAGGCAGAGAAGAUACAACGGUUCAGGAGUGCACAGUUUCAGUGUGUUGUGUCAAUUGUGUAUUAGUUUGUGUUCAUAAUCGGAACUAGAAAGCUUUAAAUUAUUGGCCAAUAGAACAUGUGGUCGAAUUAUAAUGGCUACAUUUUGAUUAGUUGAAAAUGUUUGUUUUCUUGUUAAUUAAAAUACGUUUGUUUUGACACUUACAUCUUUAAUCGGAUAUAAAAUCUAUCAAUAAUAACGAAGCGAUCCAUAGAAAGCAAUUCGGCAGUAUUACAUAAACGUAACAUUUAACAUCCACUUGUACUGAGAAUAAUAUAAACAAUGAGAGUAAUCGUGUAAAUUCAUCCAAACAUAAAAGGCUGUAGCAGUGCUUAUUGUCGAGGGGCUCCUCAGCUAGUCUGUAGAAAAUGACAGCAGAAAAUCACACAUCCAAGACGUCAAAAUGCUAUUAUUAAAUUAGAAAAAAAAUUGUAGUGCCUCAAUAAGCUUUCAUUCGUCAAGCAAACAUCCAAAAGCAGAGCAGCUCCUUCAAGCUUAUUUUGCAUCCAUCGUCAUAGCCUUCUUUGUGUGAUUUAAGAUUUGGCAAGAAAAAAAGAAAAAAACACAGCCCUGUUCAGCUUGAUGUAAUAACGAACCUUACCCCUGUUACCCCACACUUGACAAUAAGCAAGACCUAAAUAAACAAAUAUCGAAAUUUUGACAGCAGACGGAAUGCUACUAGGAUAUGAAAACUACUAACAGAAAAGAAUGUGAUACUUACUAAUGAAAACGAGGAUGAAAAAAUACGGUAAUCGGUGACUAAAUUUGUACUAAUGAUGAAUGACCACGGGAAAUCAAAAUAUCAGGAAUGAGAGCUACAGUUAGCGCAGAUUACAUAGAAGGGAAGAAAAUUAUAUUUAAAAUAACAAUUAUUUUUGUGAAAGGAAGAGAUUAAGAAUGAAAGUAUAAUACAGGCAACACUGCGGAUGGUUUGUCAUAUUUUAAAAUUUCAUUUGAAAACCGCUGGAAAGACCAGUUGCUAUGCGAUAUAACGAUGUAACGAAAUAAAUUUAAAAAAAUUACGAUAUAUAUGGAUCGUUUCUGACAUAAAUGAAUAUCCCAGACUAGAUAAGGAAACAAAAUAGUAAAUGUCAUUCAGACGGUCGGAACUGCAACACACAAACUGUAAUAAGUAGAAAUAACUACCAGAAAGGUUAUGGACAAAAUAUAAGAAUAAACUUGUUGCAUUUGAAAAACAGAAAA